AGGUUUUUAUGCUGAGAUUGCUGUAAGAGGCCGAGUGUGAACGAUGGCUGGUCGGGGAGAAGGCGGGCUAAGUGUACUGUGGUCGACCUCUCUACUACUGGUCGUGAAACUUCACCUGGUCAGUGCUGAAUUUUGCCAGAGCGAGCGAGCCAGCUGGCAGUGUGCGUGUGGCUGCUGUGAAGACUAUGACUACUGCUGUGUCAGCUGUGCAUCCUACUGGUAUGCCUGGCUACUCUUAACACUGUUCUUCCUCGUCUGCAUCUGCGCUUGUCUCGGCUGUGGUUCCUAUGGUUACCGCAGAUACAGACAACCACUGGGAAUGUCAUCAUACAUUGUUGGCCAAACUCCUCGCUCUACCUAUGCUCCACCAUCAGAAGCUGAUAAACUGAAUCAACGGCGGCCCUCCAGUUACCAACCCUACACUACCGUGACACCCGCAACUGGUCACCAUGACUACCAGUACCCCACUACUGAUACUGGGUACCAUGGCAACCAAUCAGAGAUGCCUCCUCCAUAUAACCCCAGCCAGCCCCCACCUCCUUACUCUGCUCACUGACCACUUGUCAAUCAUUGUGUCAUCGCACAACAAUAUUACAGUCAAUCUGCACAAGAUAUAAUUAUCUCCACUACUGGGUGUGUUUUAAUUAAUUGGCAAACGAAGUGAGCCCACCUAGUCUCUUAAGUGCGAAAUAUUUUAUAUAAUAGUUCUAGUUUAGUGGCUGUGACUAUGAUGUCAGGAUGGCAAAUUUCUCCUGUGUGGGUACGUGAUUGAUGACGAGUCGGCCAUCGUAACUGAGAGAGGCAAAGACCCAGGCAUCAGCACUGCUCCACACUGCCUCAUACACGGAGUCCUCAUGUUCCUCAAAUGUUCUGAUUACAUCGUCUGUCAUGGGGCUCGGGGGUCUGCAGGGGAGGACAUGAAUGAUGUCAUACACAUAUUCCCUCUCACCUCUCCUCGUCCUCCUCUCCCUCAUCUGGUUCAAUGU